AUGUUAGCGCUUGAGGCGCGAUGCUUGCGUUUCCGCAACGUGCCAGAGGGCUAUACCAGUAGCUUGAUGAGAGAAGAGUUAGAGGACGAAGGCUUCGGUCCUGAUGAGGUCUUGUACCUCUUACACGACAUGCAGCAGCACCAGACCUACGUUUUCGCCGCCAGCGCUCGCGUGGCGCAGCAGAUCGUGACCAACUUCGAUGGUCGGCGCCUGGAACGACUGGGGCCUGGCGAGUUGCCAGACAGCGGUCGGAGCACUCAGAUGGGGAAAUCGGGCUUGGGUGGACCCGAUGGACCAUGGUGGAAUGAGGCACCCAGACCAGUCUCGCCCCUUCAACGCUUGACGCGGCUGCAGUUGAACGACAACCCACUGGUGAAUGAGCUGAUGGAACAGUACAGGCCCUGGAUCUUGCGGCUGUCUCCCCAAGUGGAGGAGCUGGACAACGAGACCGUCAGCGAGGUGGACCGCCGCGCCGCGUUGCCGCCGGCGAUGUCCAUGGUCGGCAUGGUGGGCAUGGGCCGAGCGGUGGCGAGGCGAGAUGCCGGGAGCGAUGCCGGGAGCGUCCCAGCAGAGGAUCAAAAGGUAUGA